UUGUUUACUGUGAAUUUUAUCGCAUUUUUUAUUUAUUGGUUCGUGUUUCUCCUCAGUAUAUGAAAAAUAAUUAAUUUUGUAAAAAUAAAACGAAGCCUUUGAAGAGACAGUGCAACAAUGGCAUCCACAUCAAAGUCUGGUCAUGCUUAUCAGUCCGCCAGCGCCAGUUCCAGCAGUGCAUCAGCAUCCACGUCGGCACCAGCCCCUCCAACAAACGUUCAGGAAUUCAAUAUACGUGUGCCGAAAAACAUGCGAAAAAAGCAUCACGUUAUGCGAUUUAAUGCCACACUAAAUGUGGACUUCGCCCAAUGGCGCGGUGUAAAGAUGGAACGCGAAAAUAACAUGAAAGAAUUUCGUGGCAUGGAAGAAGAUAUGCCCAAAUUCGGCGCUGGCUCCGAGUAUAAUCGAGAUCUUCGCGAGGAAGUCCGUCGAAAAAAGUUUGGCAUUAUUGCAAAAAAAUAUCGACCUGAAGCACAGCCAUGGAUACUGAAAGUAGGCGGUAAGAAUGGCAAAAAAUUUAAGGGCAUUCGGGAGGGAGGCGUUAGUGAAAAUGCAGCCUUUUAUGUGUUCACUCAUGCACCAGAUGGUGCAAUUGAAGCUUAUCCCUUAAAUGAAUGGUACAAUUUUCAACCAAUACAACGCUACAAAUCACUGUCAGCCGAAGAAGCCGAACAAGAGUUUGGACGACGUAAAAAAGUGAUGAACUAUUUUUCACUUAUGUUGCGUAAACGUUUGAAGGGCGACGUGGAAGAAGAGCAGGACCCAGAGGAGGUUAAAGUCAAAGGAGGAUCUAAAAAGGCGAAGGAGUUGAAAAUUAGUGAAAUGGAUGAAUGGAUCGAUUCAGAUGAUGAAUCUGAUUCCGACGAGGACGAAGAGAAGAAGAAAAAAGAAGAAGAUAGCGAUGAUGAUGGCGGCAAGAAGAAAGGCAAAAAAGGCCAACCGAAGAAGCCGAAGAAAAAACGAGAUGUAGAUGAUGAGGCUUUCGAAGAAUCAGAUGAUGGUGAUGAGGAGGGGCGAGAAAUGGAUUAUGAUACAGAAUCCAGUGAAGAUGAACCUGACCCAGAAGCCAAACUAGACAAGGAUAUGAAGUCUGUAGCGGAAGAGGAUGCUUUGCGCAAACUUUUGACCUCGGAUGAAGAAGAUGAGGAGGAAGAGAAGAAAUCUGAUGAAUCAGAUAAAGAGAAAGAUAAAAAUAAAGAAGAAGGAAGCAAUAAGGAGAAGAAAAAAACUAAGAAGAUUACGAAGGACGAAAAAAAAGAUUCGUCCAGUGACUUCAGCUCAGAUAGUAGCGAUUCCGAGGAUGAAAGUAGCGGCAGCAAGAAAAAAACAAAGGAUAAUACAAAUAACAAGAGUGCAGCCAACAACAAUUCACGUCCAGCCACGCCUACCAGCUCAAUAACGAACAGUGCAACAAAACGUAAGGUUAACAAUAGCAUGCCAAGCGAUCUUACCGCUUCGGAGAAUAGUAAUAGUCCAGUUAGUACGCCAGCGAAACGAACUAAAGCUGAAGCAACUCCUAUGGUGCCAUCUACAUUCGCCGGUGUUGUAAAUGCUAACAAUAAGGAUGAUUAUGGCAUUACCGAAGAGGCAGUGCGUCGUUACUUGAUGCGCAAGCCUAUGACUCCGACUGAACUACUGACCAAGUUUAAAAAUAAAAAGACUGGCGUUUCCAGCGAUCGUCUAGUGGAGACCAUGACACAAAUACUUAAAAAAAUCAAUCCUGUCAAGCAAACCAUUCAAAAUAAGAUGUACUUGAGCAUCAAGCCAACAAAAUGAAGAAUGUGCAAUAUUCAAACCCUAUUGAUGUACGAAAGAGGGGUGGUAUUUUCCAGGGACUUUUAUAUGAAUAAGCAUGCAACUAAAUAGUUGUGAACCUGUCGCGAAUUAUUUUAUGCGUUGUUUUAAUAUUACCAAAACUGAUUUAAACGUAGUUAUAGAAUUAAUAAAUGAAUAGU